AUGACAAAGAAUGAUGAGACAACAUUAAUAAAGAAUGCUGCUCUAGUAAAUAAUAAUAAUAAUAGUAAUAGUAAUAGUAAUAAUAGUAAUAAUAGUAAUAGUAGUAAUAGUCACGUCAAUUCUACUAUAAAUAAUAAUAAUACUAAUACGAGUACUAAUAGUAACAAUCAAACAUCACCUCCUACAAUUGCUAUUGCCGCUGUUAGUACGAGUAAUACAUCUCAGAUACCAACAACAACAACAACAACAACAUCAACGACUACUACUACUACAACUGCUGCUACUACUACAACUACAACUAAACCUCCUAUACCAUCAUACGCAUUGGAUAAAUGUCUUUCACUAUUAUCAAGUAAUACCGAUGAAAAUAAGUUUGUUGGUUUGUUGUUGAUCAAGAAUACCAUUAAACAAGAUGAUGUAGAUACAAUGUAUCUAGUCUACAAAAGUUUGGGUUUAUCAUUCAUUGCCAGACUAUUACAAACACCUCCUACCAAUAAAGGUAUGUAUUCCGAAAAAGAAGACGAGUCAUCAACCAAAUCAAUCAACAUCAUUACUAAUAUAAACAAAGGUGAAGAUUCUAUAUCAUAUCAUACAUUGGCAAUCAAUAUUCUAUCAACAUUUUUAACUUUGGAGUAUCCUGAAGACCAUGAUCCAAAGACAUCUAUCAUUUAUCAAAUAAUCACUCGUCAAUCCUCAUUACUAGAGUCAAUUAGUAAAAGUCUAUUCCUCAACAUUGAAUUCUAUGUUGGACAAUCGGAAAAUAUAAAUGUUGAAUUAAUAAGAAAUGCAAUGAGCAUUUUAUUUAGUAUUCUAUCAUUUGAAUCAAAAUUAAAAGAGAUUAAAGUAUCUGAACAAUUGCAACAGUCACAACAACAACAACCACAAUCACAGCAAGAUAGUAUUACAUAUAAACUGCCAAGUGAUAUAAUACAAAAUCAAGAGAAUAUACAAUUAUUGGAUAAAUAUUUAAUAUCACUUGAAAAAUCAUUUAAUAUUAUAAAAAAGAAUAAUAAUAGUAUAAAACAACAAAAAGAAAAUAAUAAUAAUAAUGAUAGUAAUUAUAAUGAUAAUAAUCAAUUUUUAGAAAUGAAAGAUUUAUUAUCAACAACAUUUGUAUUCUUACAAUUAAUAGUUUACAAGAUGCAUGAAAGAAAUGAAAAGAAACAAUAUAUCAAGUGUGGAGAAAUGUUGGAUCAUCUAGCUUGUUUGUUCAAAGACAUACCAAAUGAAAUCAAGUUUCAAUUGCUUCCCAUAUUUAUUCUAAUGUUCCAAUUGGAUGGUAUUCCAAAACACAUUUCGACACAGUCUGCCAAACAUCGUCAAUCUCUUACCUAUAUUGGUCAGAGUCUAUACGAUAUAUUUACAUCGAGAGAGUUUAACAAGGACGAAUUCAAGUCUGACGACAACUCUGAUAGUUCAGGUUCUAGAGAGUAUCACGAUCAAUCAAUUAUUCUCUUUUCAAUCUUGUUUGAUCUUUAUGGUGGUGAUUGGAUUCUUCAAUUGCCAUCAUCAUCAUCGUCAAAUGACACCAACAAGAUGGGAGAGAAUCUAUACUAUUUGGCAUGUCAACAUGUUAGAACAGAGUUACAUAUACAAUUACUUCAUUACCCUGUAGAGGAUGAAAUCGCAGAGGAUCGUUUCAGUGUCAUUCUGUCGUGCUAUAGCAUCUUGGAAGAUGUGAUCGAGCAUAUGGUUGCCAUGUUUGAAAAGAUGGAGAGUGGACAGGGGUUCAGUCUCAUGUCGGCUGAUACUAUUCUCAAGGUUCGUAAUGUCAUCAUUGACUGCAAUGCUAUCAUGCUCGAGUACUUAAAGAGUGUAGUAGACGAGAUUCCUGAAAAGGAACCAACUCAAAUGGUCAUUAUGACGACUAAACGAGUCGGUCACUUUUUGGCAGAGGAAGCAACACUGGCUGAAGAACUAUCACUUUCAUUGGUACCCAUCAUCGAGUACUAUCUACAACACAGACGUGACUAUGGUCACUUUAUCUCAUUUUUAUUACCAGGCGUCUAUAAUUAUUUACUUGGUGGUGAUGAUGAUGAUGAUAAUGGAUAUGAUUUCGAUGGCAAAAACACUGACAAUAACAUGUCAACACUUGACUCGCAAAGUGCAGAGAACCAAAAAUCAUUUUUCUAUAAACAACAUGGCGAUGUUGCAUUGGCAAGAUUCUUGUCAUCGUUUUUGGUUACAUUUGUCGAAUACAUCCAAGAACCAGAGCCACAGGCAUCCAACCACUCUGUCUACACAUCGAUGGUGUCUUACGAGAUGACACCGUCGACCAUUGUAGGUGGUGUUAUCCCCAUGUCCACAGCGAUACUCUGUCGCUACCUGUCAGAGGAUAUCAGAGCCAUGUCAAGUGGUGACUUGGUAUCUAGAUUCAAAAACAGUUUCCAAGACAACCGACUCACCUAUGUCUCGUUGUUUUUAUCAGUCUCUGAAGCCAUCCAUCACCUCUCUAUCUUUUCCGAGGCAACCAUCACCACGAGUGUCAUUGGUGACGACUACCAUAAUCGUCAACUUGUCAUGUCCAACAUGACCGUACUCGCUCUCUCCAUUCUCCGUCACCUCAACGAAGCAGAUAGCUUUUCACUCGAUGAAAAUCACAAUCGUAUCCUCACACGAACCAUUGAAUCCAUCGUCAACUUUUAUCUCCUACUAGAGUUUCCUCCAUCUGAUCAAAUUAAUCUUUUAAUUUGGGAAUCAUUAAAAUCAAAUUGGUUAUAUGGUAUUGAUUUAAUGUCCCAAUGUGUUGAUAGGUAUCCAAUUUUAAGAGAUACAUUAACAUCUAAAAGAUGGCCACCUCCAGAUUUUACUUUAUCUAUUACUAAUAAUAAUAAUAAUAAUACCAAUAAUAAUAAUAAUAAUCCAACCAUCACUAAUCAUAAUCCACAGAAUAGUUCUACUACUAAUAAUAAUGAAUCAAACAACAACAAUAAUAAUAAUAAUAACAAUGUAAAUACAGCAUCAACAACCAACCGAUAUAAUGAAUUUUUAGAUUCUAUUACAAUUAAUACAGUUAAUAGAAGUAUAGGCAAUUUGGUUCGAAGAUUAAUCGAAUCAAGAAAUUAA